UCUUCUUCCCUCCAUUAUCUUCUUCUUCUUCUUAUCUCGCCGCUCCUGCUCCUGCUCCGUUCGCUCUCGCUGGGCUGCUCACCAGAAGCAUCUCGCGAGGCGGAUGUCAAUGGCCGUGCCUCUCUUCAACCUCGCUCCCGACCUCUCCGUCUCCAGGCUCUGCUUAGGAACUAUGACUUUCGGCGAGCAGAAUUCGAUGUCUGAAUCGUUCCGCCUCCUCGACCACGCCUUUGGCGCCGGGAUCAACUUCUUCGACUCCGCCGAAAUGUAUCCAGUGCCUCAGCGUGCCGAUACUCAGGGCCGGAGCGAGGAGUAUCUCGGCCGGUGGGUUAGAGACCGGAAAAUUCCUCGCGAUCGAGUCGUGUUGGCCACCAAGGUGAGUGGACCAUCUGGGCAAAUGACUUGGAUUAGGGAUGGGCCCAAGUGUGUGGAUGCUUGGAACAUAUCCGAAGCAAUUGAUAAUAGCUUAUUGAGAUUGAGGACAGACUACAUCGACCUUUAUCAAAUACAUUGGCCUGAUCGGUUUUGGAUUUUCAACAGAUAUGUGCCGAUGUUUGGAGAGUCUGAGUAUGAUCCAACCCAUCAGUACAGAGCAAUUACCAUAGAGGAACAACUUGAGGCACUUGGCAGAGCCGUUGCCUCUGGUAAGAUUAGAUAUGUUGGACUCAGUAAUGAAACACCUUAUGGUGUCAUGAAAUUCCUCCACGUUGCUGAAAGAGUUCCUUCCUAUCCUAAGGUUGUGUCAGUGCAGAAUUGCUACAGUUUGCUCUGUCGAACUUUCGAUUCAGGGAUGGCAGAAUGCUGCCAUCACGAGAGGAUCAGCUUAUUGGCCUACAGCCCUCUAGCGAUGGGUAUACUUUCUGGUAAAUACUUUUUGCCUGAUGGUGGACCACCGGAUGCUCGGUUGAAUCUUUUCGAAGGGAGGUAUUCAGAAGGAGAAUCAAGGUACAACUUGUCCAAUAGUAUCGUGACGGCAGCAAUCAUGGGGUACCUUAAAAUUGCAGACAAGUAUGGACUACGUCCUGUAGUAUUGGCAAUUGCCUUUGUUUUGAGACAUCCUCUGGUAGCGAGUGCUAUAUUUGGCGCAACCAAGCGUUGGCAGCUCCAGGAGGUUCUUGAUGCUUGCAAUGUGGAGCUCAGUCCUGAAAUAGUUGCAGAAAUCAAUCAAAUUCAUGUGAAUUUUCCAAAUCCUUGUCCCUGAUCGGUGUUUUCUUGCUUGUAUUGUAUUAGUCCAGUGCUUUAUCAGAAUUUUGAAAAGUCAACUUGGCUUGGAGGACUGGAGAAUGCAGGGCCCAUCCGGUUGCUUGUAUUGCGGCAAAGAAGUGAGAAAGAGGGUGGAGCAAGUAGAUGUUAGUGAGGUACAGAGCUUUAUAUUUCUUCGCCUUCUUUGAAUAGCGGAUGACAUAGAAACCCAGAAUGUGCGGAGAAUAUCUGUGGAUGGGGAGGAAGAUUGAGAAAUCUUAUUGGGCCAACGUGCCCUCGGAAAUUAGCUGUAAGAAUCUCAAUUUAAUGUACACGAGGAAACCCUCAUUUUCCUUCUCAUCCUCUCUUCCUAGGAAUGCUAGUUGGUCUCUUUCUUUC